GCCAAACUAAAGGAAAGCAGUAAUCGUUUUUGAGAAAAAAAGAAAGAAAGAAAUCAAGCUAGCUGGAGAGUCAAUGUCAAUGUCCUAAAGACUGAUUUUUUUUUCAAAAGAGAGAAGACUGUGGCUAUGUUUAAAAAUAAGUCUGCCUGGUUUUCAAGCAGUGUGCCAGAGGCAUGGCACAACUUUUGGAGAUGGGAGGGUGGGAGCAUGGCUGAUUGCAGAAGAGCAGAUUACCUUUUCAGUGAGGAUGCUACAUGUGCAGAUACUCUGAGGAUAUUUGAGAGCAAAGACUAUCUUUGGAACCAGGUGGUGGUUUUUCACAGCUUGUUUCUGUCUGUUUGUGAGAGGCGCCAGAGUGUGAAGUCUGUGUGCAUCGGUCAUUAUGUGCUGCCUCCAGCCUCAGUACAGGACGAGUUGAGACAGGUGGUCGGUAGAUUGAUUUGGGAGUUUGAGUAUGAGCAGUCAGUGGCACAGGGUUUUAGUAGCCAGACUGAAGUUGAGGGCAGUGAAGUCAGCAAAAGCAACUCUGGACCAUCUGACAUGGAGUCAGAAAGUGAAGCUCCACUAAGUGUUCAUUAUCCAGUAACUAACAUGCUCACAGGUUACGUCAGUAUGGACAACCUGCAGAAAUACUCAGGCGAUCUGUGUGAUAUCCACCCUGGAUGUUUCCAUUGCUCCCACUGUAAUGGCCCCUGCUGCCCGCUGCACACAUAAGCAGAAAAGGAGUAGCUAAUGUCCUGCCAAAUGAGCAUGUGUGUAAGCAAUAAAGAUGAAUA